AUGCCAUUCUUACUAGGAAGAACUAGCAAGAAACUCGACGAUUGCUCUUUGCAAAUUACUCCAUUUACAAUGGUGUGUGGCGUGCGGUGCGAUGGAAAGAAAAAACUGGCUCGCCUGGUACGUAGCUCGAGCAGCAGUGGCCUGAGGAAGAAUAACCCCAGGAGUCGAUGGGAGCUGCCACCGCUUCCGAACGCGCCCCGCACCCCGCACCUCGCGCCGCCCGCUCGAUACAGAUCACGCAUUCUACGAAUACCUUUAGCCACGGCGCUGGCGCGCGCCCGCGGCGGCGCGGAGCGAGAUGCUAGAUUGCCACCGAGUUACGCCUUCCGCGCGUUCUCGUUAUUAUGUAGGUUGGGCGCGUAUUAGAGCCUCCGUGUAUUGCGCGAGCGCAUGUAUAAAAUAAUGUAGUAAAUACGUCGUUGUUUGCGGUGAAGCCGGUUAUUUAUGUGCGCCCGCGGCUACCGCGCUACGCGCCGCCUCUUGACGUUUA